CAGCUCCAAAAAUAAUUAUUGCACGUCAGGAGACUCUUUUUUUAUGAAGUUUUUCAGACAGUGGGCAGCUUGUCUGUUAGAGCCCUUCUAGAAAAUUCUGAAAACAAAGCAUGAAUUCGUUACCUUGGAAAUUAGCAAGCUACUUUGCACAUCAAUAGUCUUAGACCAGUGAAUAUUGCAUGUCCCAUUGUGGAUUUUUGAUGCUCCUUUCAUGAGAAAUGGCCGGACGAACCUUUGCUAUUCCAUGUGAAAUAUGCGCACAAGGAUUAGCCGAUGUGAGAGGAAAGCUAAGAGGAAAAUUCUGGGGUCAGACGAACUGGUUAUUCCAGUGACACGUUCAUAAGAUCGCUGAAAAAUUUUCGUAUCUUCUCCAUAUAGUUACUGGCAACGUAAGCUUAUUGAUUUAUUACCGCCGAUCGUGACAGUGAUUUGAUUGCAGUUUCUUUCUUAGCUCGCUCACCGUUUUAACCAGUGGCAGAGGUCUUGUUAGCGGAACUCUGACGGCGUUGAAAUCUUAAUCGGGAGACACGCUCCCAAACCCAGUAUGCCGCCUAGAAAACCUCCUCAUGUCGUUUGCUACAUAUGUGGUCGUUUGUAUGGAACGACGUCAAUCUCGCUUCACAUUCCAAAAUGUCUGGAAAAAUGGCAGAUCGAGAACAGUCAGCUACCGAGACAUUUACGACGAAAGCCGCCUCAGAAACCAACAGGAUGGGGUAACACUGCUUUGUCAAAUGACCCGAGGGAAAGAGAAUCGCAACUAGAUGCCAUGAACGACAUGGCUUUCCAAGCUUCGCAGAUGCAGCUUGUUCCUUGCGAGAAUUGUGGACGGACUUUCAACCCAGAUCGCUUACCAGUGCAUCAGAGAAGCUGUCGGCCUAAUAAUCCUCUCAAGAUGUCCAAAAACUUUGAUCCUUCGAGGGUUGGGUCUGGAAGGCAGAGCACGCCGGGAGGGGGUGAUUAUGGCAGGAGCCCGCCACCCCCCAGAAAGCCAAAAACUGUUGUGUGUUUCAUAUGUGGCCGAGAAUUUGGUAGUAAAUCUAUCAGUAUUCAUGAACCACAAUGUCUGAAAAAGUGGGAGCUUGAAAAUAGCCGAUUACCGAAGCAUAUGCGAAGACCACCUCCUGUUAAACCAAACAUACUUCCCAGUUUGUCUGGGGGGGAAGACCUCGAACGCAGGAACCAGAUGGCAUAUGAAGCAGCUCAGAAACAGCUGAUUCCCUGCAGAAACUGUGGCAGGACAUUUCUACCAGAAAGGCUAGAAAUUCAUCUGAGAUCAUGCAAACCCGGGAGCAAGACAGUGCCAAUAAGACAGUCAGGUUCAGCUCGCCGACUGUCCCCUCUUACCAACCCAGGGGAGAUGAAUGCUACCCACACUGGUCAGUACGGCAGACAGAGCCCCCUUACCAGGUACAGUGAUCAAAACAACAACAUCAGUCCAUUGGCUAAGGACAAGACUUUCAUCAAAGGAAAGUCUACGAAAUCCACUCCUCCAGCUUCUUCUCAACGUCCUGCAAGGUUAAAGCCAAUGUCCAAUACUCGUUCACCAUCUCCAUCAUACAACCUCACUGGGAAUUCUCCUGUGAUAGGGAGUCAACCAACAGAGCAGGCAUCUGAACCAGCCAACCUGGCUCAGUGUUAUAACUGCGGCCGCUCAUUUGCUGCAGAUCGCUUAGCAAAACAUGAAAACAUAUGCCGCAAAGCUGGUAAACAAAGAAAAGUUUUUGAUGCUACAAAAAUGAGAACACAAGGGACAGAGGCAGCUCAGUUUAACAGACCUGGAGCUAGGAAGGCACCUGAUCCACCCAAAACUAAAUCAAACUGGAGAAAGAAACAUGAGGAAUUCAUUAAUGCCAUAAGAGAUGCCAAAAAGGUACAAGAACACAUCAAGCGAGGUGGCAAGGCAUCAGAUCUUCCUCCACCACCUCCUAGUGAGAACCCAGACUAUGUGUUCUGCAGGUUCUGCCAGCGACGCUUUGCACCAACAGUGGCUGAGAGGCACAUUCCUAAGUGCCAGAACACAGCAAACAGGCCUUCGCCUCCCAAGGCAAGGGCCUUGCAGGCAAGUGGAGGUCGUUAUAACUCCAGGAAUCCUACUUCCUCAACCAGGAGAGUUUAUCGGUAGAGUGUAUAGUUACCUUAAUACUAAAUAUAGCCUCCGACGUUUAUA